CCAAAUUGAAUGUCCAUAUCAGCUAGUUAUUGAACGACACUCACAGGAUAUUCUCAAUCUCCAAACAUUAGCGAUGUUUUUGCAGACAUGUUGACAUUGUAUGCCUAUUGAUUUCGACUCGCUGAUCACUGUCGAAUCUGGGUAUGCUCCAGGUAUAAACUACACUUUAGAAGCCAACGUGUCUGGCAGGUGCAUCCCACAGAAGGCAAGGAUGAGUCGUUUUCUGAAUGUUCUGCGGAGUUGGUUGGUCAUGGUGUCUGUCAUUGCCAUGGGAAACACUGUCCAGAGUUUCAGAGAUCACAGCUUCCUCUCUGAGAAACUCUACACGGGGACACCAUAUUUUGUAAAUGGCCUCCAAGCAAGAACAUUUGGAAUCUGGACAUUGUUGUCUUCAAUUAUCCGCUGCACGUGCGCCAUCGACAUUCAGAACAAAACGCUCUAUCACAUCACCCUUUGGACAUUUGUACUGGCUCUGGGACACUUCCUGUCUGAAGCCUUCAUCUACAAAACGGCACCUCUGACCAUUGGCGUUAUGGCACCUCUCAUUGUGGCGAGUUUCUCUAUCGUGGGAAUGCUGAUUGGGUUCCAGUGUGUUCCAGAGCCUCAGGAGGAGGUGGGUGCACGGCAGAAGAAGCGGAACUGAUUCCAAGCAGUAGAAAACGGUUUAGCCCACCACUAGAGAAAGCUGUGGGAUAGUCUACUGCUUCUUGCCUUGAAGAAUGAGUGGCCUAUUUACUAUACUGUAUGGACACAAAGAUGAGUCCAAUAUGUGUAAACUUUUAAGAGGGGCUAUACAAUAAGUGGGAUUUAUUUUGCAGGUGACUCAUACCUGUGCUAUGUGAUCUGUACAUGUGCUACAAUAUACUUAAGCAAUAAGGCACGAGGGGGUGUGGUAUAUGGCCAAUAUACCACAGCUAAGGGCUGUUCUUAGGCACCA